CGGGGCCUCGGCGGGGCUGGUUGCGCGCGCUGGGUUGAUCCCGGCCACUGAAUCCGCGGGCAGCUCCGGAGCUGCGCCGCCUGCUUGGUCGCACUGCCUAGGGCGAGAGGGGCUCAGGGACCCGGCGAUGGCUCGGCGGCGACUCGCGGGAUCGGCCGUCCUCACUGCUGCCGUGCUCGUCGGGGGCGCGGUGAGCUCGCCUCUGGUUGCCCCGGACAAUGCUGGCAGCCGCACGUUGCACUCCCAAGCAGGGACGACCCCAUCAUCACCCACCAACAACCCAGGGAAUGGCCACCCAGAGUACAUCGCGUAUGCCAUUGUCCCAGUGUUCUUCAUCAUGGGCCUCCUUGGUGUCCUCAUCUGCCACCUGCUUAAGAAGAAAGGCUAUCGGUGUACCACGGAGGCUGAGCAGGAGGAAGAGGAAAAGGUUGAAAAGAUAGAACUGAAUGACAGUAUAAAUGAAAAUAGUGAUACUGUUGGGCAAAUUGUCCACUACAUCAUGAAGAAUGAAGCGAAUGCAGACGUUUUAAAAGCCAUGGUAGCUGACAACAGCCUGGGCGAUGUUGAAAGUCCUGUGACCCCCAGCACUCCUGGGAGCCCACCUGUGAGUCCUGGACCCUUGUCACCAGGAGGCACCCCAGGGAAGCAUGUCUGCGGCCACCAUCUACACACAGUGGGUGGUGUCGUUGAGCAGGAUGUGUGUCAGCGGUGUAGACACAAACGAUGGCACUUCAUAAAACCCACUAACAAGUCCAAAGACGGCCGGCCACGGCGUCAAGGGGAGGUCACUGUCCUCUCUGUGGGCAGGUUCAGAGUUACAAAAGUGGAACACAAAUCAAACCAGAAGGAGCGGAGAAGUUUGAUGUCUGUUAGUGGGACUGAGAGCGUCAAUGGCGAUGUGCCCGUGACACCCGUGAAGAGAGAACGCAGCGGCACGGAGUAGCAACAGUGACUCCGUGAAGAGUUCUAAGAGACUGCAAACUUGCAAGAUAUGAAAUUGCCUAGGGAAUAUUUUUAUAUAUUUUAUACAGUUUCUAUGAUGAAGUGAAUAGGCAUGUGGAUAAAACCUACAAUGGAAUAUUUUUGCUCUGCUGAACACAGAAUUCAGUAUGCUUUGAAAGAAGUUUUGGGUUUAAAAAUCGGAUGAAAAAAAGUUUUAUUCAGUUUCCAGGAGGGAAAGGACUCAAUUUUGACUUUGUUGACCAUUCUCAGUCACCAUGGUUCCCAGUUGCCCAUUCCUGGCAUUGGCAUACAUAUGCAGCUUUUCCCUUGGAAUCUCUGUCAUCAGCAGUGGAGCUGUUCACUUACAAUCUGAGCUUAUGCAAGAAUGUGCACAUAUUUGUGUAUGGAAGUGCAUGUGCACUCGCAUGUGUGCCUGGUACCCCAAAUCAUAUGUUCCAUUUUCAUAUUGGUUUUAAGAUCUUCUGUGCACAGUUGGGCUAUUAUAGAUGAUGACUCUUCUAUGCAAAAGGUCCUCAGAAAUCAUUCUGUCUAGUGCUGAGAAGCUGAUCCCCCACGAGGUUGUGAAGUGAGAUGGAGCCAAACUUCAGAUUUCUAGACCAAGAUUCAGCCUUGACUUCUGCCACCACCAUGCUGCUCCUGCCAUGCCUUGGCCACGUAGAAAAUAUUGUGAAUUUUAAAAACCGAAACCAUUCUUUAUUUAGUCUCUUUGAAUAAAGGGGAAAAUGCAAGAUGAGCCCUGCACCUGCUUUACUGCUGCAUUCUGUUUGUAACUAAUGCUGAGUGAAAGGGUCUUUAUGGAUGAGGCAGGAACAUCACAAGAUGAAGGCCUACCUGGGCUACAGAAAGAGUUCAGGGCCAGCUCAUUUCAGGGCACCUUAGCCUGUUUCAAGUUAAAACACAGAAAGAGGGCUGGGGAGUAGUUCAGUGGCAGAGCGCUUGCCUACCACAUAUAAGAGUCUCAGUGGCGUCUUUCCCUGCAGGUCUGGAAACCCUAAUUUCUCUGUCUCCCUUUCAACUUUGUAUUUUAUGAAACAUCGGAAGGGGCACAGAAACAAAGCUAGUAUUUUGGUAGGUCCGGGAUUGAGGUGAGGGCACGCUCUGUACCCGGCUCUCUACCAGUUACUGUGAUGCCAUGAACACUUCUAUUUCAAAGAGAAAAAGUGCAUUUUUAUCAUUUGGCAUCACAAAAAAUGAUUUCCAUAAAGAUAUACUCCAGGGUAUUUACUGUAAAUAUACUCACUUGAUUCUGUUUCUGGCAACAAACUUAAGUUUUUCUAACAUUUUAUAUGACUGGCAUAUUCAAUUUCAUUGAAUCCAUACUGAUGGCUAUAUGUACACAUUGUCUACAAAGCACAGAAGUGGGUAUGGAAGUUAAUUUCACUGUGGUUCAGAGAGUACCAGUAUGGCAAUUUCAGGAAUGUGUACUAGUGUAAAUAAUUGUGCAGGUAUGCCAAUAUUUUUACUUAAAAAACAAAACAAAAACAGUUUGCUUAAAAAAAGUACAAUGACAUUUAAAUGGUGAGGGACAAAGUGUAAGAUACUCUUCAGUUUUACUUUUCUGAUUUUAUUCAAGCCAGAGCACUUUCUGUAGCAAUACAAUGGCAAAAGGAUACUCCGAAAUAUUUAAAAUUGUAUUUAUACCAAGAGUGCAAUUUAAACUUUUUCUAAUACUUGAGCAUUUUGUGUGACUGGCUUUCAGAUAUGCCAAAAAUCAAGCAUUCAAUGUUUUCAACACAUAAGCUUUGUACUGGUUUAUACUGUCUGAUGAGAAUUCCCAAGCGUUCCCAAAGCAACUGAUGUUUACAAGUCCCGCCUUCUUCCUCCUUUAGAAGGACGGGGAUCCAUGAUGAACUCACUGUACGAAACACUAAUGAUGGAUAGUGUCUUGCUGUGGUUAAUGAGUUGGCUGCCACCUUGAUGUAAAAAUUUGUAAAGGAACGUUUCCACUGUUUUGAGUGUCAAAUGUAUUUUUAACCGUGUGGUUUUACUUUUUUGACUUUUGUACUACCAAAGCGGAGUUAAAAAUAAAAUUGUUAAACCAGUGUGUUGUUUGUUUGAA